AAAGGGGCGACAAAGGAGAAGCAAGGUCUGCAAAAAAGGAACGCGAACAAUUGAGCUUUGUUGCAAGAUUCUUGGAGAAACAGGAAUCGCUUGACUGGAGAAAAGCCCUUUUUCACCAGGAGGGUCAUUGUUCACACUCUCCGACUUCCAUGGAGCAUUCAGUUUCAGAUAUCUCAAAUGAGGACAAAACAACAGAAUCCAGUCUUCCCAAGACCAUUGCAGAGCCACGGGUAAUCUCUCCAGGGUCCAAUGCCGGUGCAGGAGCCAAGAGAGAAAUUUGGCAAAGCCAUGGAUUUCUCUUUAACGAAAAGAACCGUGAUGACAGAGACCGACAACUUUCAGUGGAAUUAAACAUGGAAGCUUCCAUUUUAGCAGAAGACGUAAUACGGGCAGGUGGGUUCGGGGCUAAGGAUGACAUAAGCAGCUUUCUUCCAGUUGCAAGUGACUCAACCGACUUUGAGGAAUCGAUCCGUGUUGCUCGAGACUACGAGGAGGCACAAGGGGAGGUUCAUAGGCCUGGUCUGGGUUGGCCUAAAGAGUAACAAUAUGGCUACAAUUACAGACAACGUCCUGGACUUGAAAAACUGAGAUAGGUGUUUUUAGUGUCUCUGAGCUGUGUAGUUCUGUUCUGUCUGAUUUGAGAGAAAGAUGUUUCUGACAUGGAAAGUUCCAUAAAUGUUUUUCUGUCUCUCUCUGAAAAAAAAGAGUCUUCCGAAAUGGGCUUUGCCCCCCUUUUCAUCUCCUUCAUAGAUAUCUGACAAAAAGCAAGAACAACACAUUAAUGUUAUUGUUCAUGAACAAGGUGAUAUAUUCGUUUA